AUGAAGUUUGGCAAGCAGAUUUUGAGCCAGCAAAUCUCUGGAUGGGGCUCGUACUAUCUGGACUACAAGUUCCUGAAGAAGAUCAUCAACUCGCUGGAAAAGGGCCGGAUCGCGGAUGCCGCGCUCUUUGCGACGAGUGUGCGUCCCGAGGAGACGUCCGAUGGGCCCCAGCCGCUGCUCCCGAUCGACUCACCCGGCUCUGAGCUGCAGGUGCACAAGGCCGCGUUCUUCUUCCGCCUGGAGCGCGAGCUCGAGAAGAUCAAUGCGUUUUAUCUGCAGAAAGAGUCGGAGCUGCGCACGCGUCUCACGACGCUCAUCACCAAGAAGCGGCAUCUCAUCGCGCUGGCGAAUCGCCCCGUCGGCCACAAUGUGAUCACGCGCGACACGCCGUCGCUCGUCACGCUGCUCGAGGGCUUCCGCUACUUUGAAAAGGAUCUGUCCAAGCUGCAGCAGUUUAUCGAGAUCAACGCCACAGGCUUCCGCAAGAUCCUCAAAAAGUGGGACAAGCGAUUCAAGUCGCAGACGAAGGAGCUCUAUCUGGCCCGCCAGGUCGAGGUGCAGCCCUGCUUCAACCGCGAAUUUAUGACCGAGAUGAGCGAUAUCGCAUCGGCGAGCAUCCUCCAGCUCGAGAGCCUCGCUGAUGGCCACGAGCUUCCUAGCACGCCGUUCAAGAACGAGGUGGCCCUGCUUCGUGGCGCAGCGCCUCUCACGGGCCCCGUCCUCGUGUCCGACGACGACCCCGUCGACGACCUCGAGUUUGCGUCAGAGCGCCCGCUGGACUUUGACUCCGCCGAUAAGCACAACAACGUGAUCGUCGAGCUGGAAGGCCAACUCACGCAGGCUGUCCACGAGUCGCGCGUCGACGAUGCGAAGCAGCUCAUCGAACAGAUUCAGCAGCAGACGAGCGGCGGCGGCGAUCUCGAUCCGCCCAUCCACGCAGGCAUGGCGCACCUGGUCUGGCGCGCCCUCGUCACGUCGACGCCAGACGCGAUGGACGCGGCGAUUCAGGGCCACCUGCCCAACUAUGCGUUUGUCGACGACAUCAACGCCCGCACGGCCCUGCACAUCAGCGCUCAUGCUGGCAAGCUGCCGCUGUGUCGCGCAUGCGUCGAACACGGCGUCGAUCCACGCGCCAGCGACGUAUACGGCCGCGAAGCCCUCGCCUAUGCUGCGAUCGGCGGGUUCGAGGACGUGUGCACGUACCUCCUGUCGCUCCCGCCGCUGCGCUCACCGGACGACUGCGUCGUGCACCAGGUCGACCUCGAUGGCUUCUCGCCCCUCGUGCAUGCGAUCGUGCGUGGACGCACCGGCGUCGUGCGGAUCCUCCUCGACCACGUCGCGUCCAUCGGCGCGCCGGCGCAAACCAAGUCGGAGCACAGCGACCUGUCGCCUAUGGCUAUCGCCGCGCAGUGUGGCCUCGUGGACAUUACGCGCCUGCUGCUCGAGCAUGGCGCCGAGGUCGGGACGAACACCGAGGGACUCCUGCCACAGACACUCGCAGCGCGUGCCGGACACACCGAGUGCCUGCGCCUCCUCAUCGAUGCGCAGGUGGAUGUGAAUGCCGUCGAGAAAGGCACACAGUGUACGCCACUGUUCUAUGCUGCCGAGUUCGGGCACGCGGCGUGUGUCGAGAUGCUGCUGCAGUCCGGCGCCUCGAUCGAGCAGGUCGACGAGAAGGGCCGACACGCGCUGUUUUAUGCAGCGUGGCAUGGCUGGCGCGAGUGUACGCGCAUGCUGCUUGAGGCGCACGCCAAGGCGCCCAAGACGUCACAGCCCGCGCCGCCGGCGCCGGUGGCCGAGACGGCCGACAUGGACCUCGAAGGCGAUGGCAUCCCGUCCCUGCACCUGCCUCCGCCCAUCAUUCCCUUCCGCACGUACGGGCACAACUACCUCGACAAGCGAUCGCUGCUGUGCCUGAGCCUCUCCAACCAGUCGAUCGAGCUGCACCGCCAGUCGUUCAGCGACCGGCCAGACAUAUUCCCCGGCCUCACCUCGUCGUUCAAGCUCGUGCUCACGCCGCGCAACACGAGUGCCGGCGAGCAGGCUGGCAUCCCACACACCAUGAUAUUCCCGAUCGCCGAGGAGCGCGAGGAAGUGUCGUUCCAGGUCGCCGACAUGGAGCACUUUUACCUCGAGUGCGAGAUGUACCCCACCUUCGGCUCGGCACGCAUCGCCAAGACCGUGCUCUUGCCGCAGGUGCUCCAGGGCCUGCAGAACCGCACCCACAUGUCCCUCCCGCUCUUUGACUGGCACAUGAACCUCAUGGGACACAUGAACAUCGUCCUUGAAUGCGUACGGCCCUACGGCAGCGUCCAGCUCCAGAUCGGAGGGCACGUCGAGACGUACUGGAAGAGCACGCUCCCGAGCCAAAACCAGCCGCUGACCAUCUCGCCCUUGCCGCAUCCCAACACCCACGAUGGACAGGACACGGCGCUGUACGUCACGGCCUCGUCCCUCUCGGGCGACUAUCUCCACGUCUCGGUCCAGUUCACCCAGGACCUCGUGCCCGUCGUGUACGCCCUCGACCGACUGCCCGUCGAUGUAUGGGCGCCCACCGUGGCCCAGGUCACCGCCACAGAGUUCGAUCACAUCGCCCAGCGCACCGGCCAUGCAUGGCAUGUGUCCGACGACGAUGCCGGCCUGGCUAUGCCGGCGUGGAGCCAGCGACUCGCGACGACCCUCGUAUCCCUCGAGACGCUCCUCAAGACACUGCCGCAGCACGUCGGCGUGGCCCUCGACAUCCGACUCGACGCUGCCGCCGCCCAGCCUCUGAACGCUUGCAUCGAUGCUACCCUCCAAGUCGUGUAUGACGUCGCACACCGCGAUAAGCAUCGCCGCCGCCUGUUUUUCAGCAGCACCGUGCCAAGCGCAUGUGUCGCCCUCAACUGGAAGCAGCCCAACUACGCCGUGUUUUUCAUGAACAAUGCCACGCUCCACAGCGAUGCCGCCGUACCCACCUUGCCGAAGGAUGCAGAUCCACGUCAGUCGAGUAUCGCCGAGGCUGUGCGCUUCGCCAAAGGCAACAACCUGCUGGGCCUCAUGCUCGAUACCUCCAUCCUCGAAUUGGUGCCCGAGCUGCUCACAGCAGUCAAGGCAGCCGGCCUCGUGCUCAUUACACGGAGCCGCCCUACGACGCUCUCCAGCACAUCGACCUUCGCCGAGCCCAGCCUCCUGGGUCCGCCUGCCAUCGCAUGCCCCGACGCCAUUGACGGCUUCUUCGAAGACCAUGUCAUCAAGUGCACCAAAUAA